AUGAUGUUCUCAUCCAGAAACCUUGCACUUGUGCUUCUCCUUGCCCUCAUCUCCAUUGUUGUGGCACAAAACAACGAACAAGCACGCAACGUCGUUGGAGGUAACAUUCGCAAACGUGCGCUCGGACGUGUCCUUUUUGACCGACCAAUGGAUGAUGACGAUGAACUUUCAUCGUCCAAGGGAAGCGGCAAGGGUGGCUCUGGCAAGGGUGGAUCAUCCGGCAAGGGUGGAUCAUCCGGCAAAGGAGGCUCUGGCAAGGGUGGAUCGUCUGGAAAAGGAGGGUCUUCCGAUAUGAGUUCUGGAAAGGGAGGCUCUGGAAAGGGUGGAUCAUCCGGCAAGGGUGGAUCAUCCGGCAUGUCUUCUGGAAAGGGAGGCUCCGGCAAGGGUGGAUCAUCCGGCAAGGGCGGAUCUGGCUCGGGCAUGUCUUCUGGAAAGGGCGGAUCUGGAUCUGGUGGAUCAUCCGGCAAGGGUGGAUCUGGAUCUGGUAUGUCUUCUGGCAAGGGCGGAUCUUCUUCUGGAAAGGGUGGAUCUGGAUCUGGUAUGUCUUCUGGCAAGGGCGGAUCUUCUUCUGGAAAGGGUGGAUCUGGAUCUGGGUCUGGUUCUGGGUCUGGUUCUGGUUCUAGCAAGGGCAAAGGAGGAUCUGGCUCUGGCUCUGGCUCUAGCUCUAGCUCUAGCAAGGGAAAUGGAAAGGGAAAGGGCGGCUCCUCCAAGAGCGGAUCUGGUUCUAGCAAGGGCAAGGGUGGAAAGGGUGGAAAGGGAGCCAAGAAGUCCCACAGCUCGUCGAGUGACACCAAAAUGGACCACAGACUUUCCGCCGGAAGUGCCAGCCGCCGCUAA